AUGGCGGAUUUCAGUUAUUACCAAACGUCACCAUUUUUUAUCGGCCUGAAUUUCCUUAUAAUACCAAGCGAAUAUAGAGUUGUUCUAGUUGGAAAGACUGGAGUGGGUAAAAGUGCUUCAGGAAACAGUAUCCUGGGUCAGACGAAACUAAAUGAAAGGGCUUUUUCAUCUCAGAACUCUGCUAUGCCCGUCACACAGAGAUGUCAGCGAAAACAGAGGUAUUUGGUUAAUCACGAGGCCUUGUUGAAUGUCAUCGACACCCCUGGUCUAUUUGACAGCAAGAUACCCAACAAAGAAACGGUUAAAGAAAUUUCUAAAUGUUUAGCGUUGACUGCUCCUGGACCACAUGCAUUCUUGUUUGUCUUACGUAUUGGUAGAUUUACCAAGGAAGAGGUUGAUACUUUAGAAUUACUGAGGAAUUUAUUUGGUGAAAAUGUCCAUAAGUAUGUUAUUGUAGUUUUUACAAAUAAAGAUGAUUUAGAUGAUGAUGAAGUAACCGUAGAAGAAUUUGUAGAUAAGAGUCCAGACUAUCUUAAAGAAUUUUUGGAGCAAUGUUAUCAGCGAUAUGUUGGUAUCUGUAACAAAUCAUGUAAAAUGUCUCAUGAAAAAGAUGUAGAAUCUGUUAUAGAAUUAAUAAUUAAAACUAUUGAAGAGAAUGGAAGGGAGUUUUAUAGUGGAGAUUUAUGGAAUCUGGUGGAAGAGAGAAUAGAAGACGAAAUACAAACAUUGCAAGAGACCAACAAGACUAAAACUGAGGAUGAGAUUCGAGAAGAAUUGAGGAAUGAAAUAGAAACUGUGGAUGAUGACUCAGAAUUUGAAGGAAUGUGGGGUGACAUUAGCGCUAUAACUUUUAGUGGUAUAAGUGAUGCAUUUAAACUGUAUUUAAAACAAAUUAACGAGUUAGCAACUAUUUCAAAUAAAUAA